AUUGGUAUGACAUACAGUAUAGGGAUGGAAUAGGCAGUUUGUAACAGAAGCCAGAGCCUCAAUUUCUCUCCUAUUGCUAGAUCGUUAAUGGUGCCUCUUCUCAUUCUCAAAUCCCAUGGACUUAGAACCAAAUUCUCAGCUUCAACAAUCCCUUCCUUUGUCAGCUUCAACAACCCAUUCUCUUCUAGAUCGCCACGUUUCUACCACCACAACGCCGAUGAUUACGGUAACUAUAACCUCACUUCACCAUCACCUUCAUCGCCACCGCAAUCUUUUGUCAGAUCAAUUUGUUCAAUGGUCUGUGAAUCCUAUUAUCAACAAGCCUCAUACUUUAGAACAUCACCUCCGAAGCUCAAUCUCCAAAUCAAUCCCGAUUCUUUGACCCAUGAACAGGUCAUUACGGUCGUUGCUUCACUUGCAGAGGAAGCGGGUUCAAUAGUGGCAUUGAGUUUCUUCAAUUGGGCAAUUGGGUUUGCCAAGUUUAGGCAUUUUAUGAGGUUAUAUAUCGUUUGUGCUUCUUCUUUUAUUGGCAAUGGCAAUUUGGAUAGAGCCCGUGAAGUGAUGCAAAAUAUGGUCAGGAGCUUUGCUGAGAUUGGGAGGUUGAAGGAGGCUGUUAGUAUGGUUAUUGAGAUGCAAAACCAUGGCUUAGUAUUGAAUGCUCGGACAUUGAAUUUUGUUAUUGAGUAUGCAAGCUAUUUGGGCUUGAUUGAUUAUGCGGAGAACUUGUUUGACGAAAUGCGUGAUAGAGGGGUUUUCCCUGAUUCUAGCAGUUAUAAGUUGAUGGUUGUUGCUUAUUGUAGAAUGGGCAGAAUUUCGGAUGCUGAUAGGUUGUUAAAGGAUAUGCUUGAGUCAGGUUUCAUUGUUGACAAUGCUACCUGUACUUUGAUAAUUAGCACAUUUUGUGAGAAGGGUUCAGCGAAUAGAGUGUUUUGGUAUUUUAAUAAGUGGAUCAAGAUGGGUUUGAAACCAAAUUUGAUAAAUUUUACAUCUUUGAUUAAUGGCAUGUGCAAGAGAGGUAGCAUUAAGCAAGCAUUUGAGACGUUGGAGGAAAUGGUUAGGGAAGGUUGGAAACCCAAUGUGUACACUCAUACAGCAUUGAUUGAUGGGUUAUGUAGGAAGGGAUGGACUGAAAGGGCAUUUAGGCUAUUUCUUAAGCUUGUUAGGAGCGACAAUUACAAACCAAAUGUAUACACGUACACUAGCAUGAUUAAUGGGUAUUGCAAAGAAGAAAAAUUGAAUCGAGCAGAGAUGCUAUUGAGCAGGAUGAAAGAACAGGGAUUGUUUCCUAACACCAACACGUAUAGUUGUCUCAUUGAUGGACACUGUAAAGUGGGGAACUUUGAAAGAGCAUAUGAGUUGAUGGAUUUAAUGGUUAAAGAAGGAUUCACUCCUAAUGCCUUUACAUAUAAUGCAUUUAUUGAUGGCCUCUGUAAAAAAGGAAGGUUUCCAGAGGCAUAUAAUCUGUUUAGGAAGGGACUAAAAUUUGGAUUGCAGGCUGAUAGUGUAACAUAUACCAUUAUCAUAUCUGAGCUUUGCAGACAGGACAAUAAUAAGCAGGCCCUUGCAUUUUUCAGCAGGAUGUUCAAAGUUGGCCUACAGCCUGAUAUGAGCACAUAUAAUGUGCUGAUUACAACCUUCUGUAGACAAAAAAGAAUGGAAGAAAGUGAGAAACUUUUUGAGGAAGCUGUCAAGCUCGGCUUGGUUCCAACCAAGGAAACAUACACAUCAAUGAUAAGUGGGUACUGUCGAGAUGGCCAUGUCAGUUUGGCUGUAAAGUUUUUCCAUAAGAUGAGCGACUAUGGUUGCACACCUGAUAGUGUUACUUAUGGAGCUCUGAUAAGUGGUUUAUGCACCGAGUCUAAGUUGAGUGAGGCUUCUCAGUUGUAUGAAACCAUGAUUGACAAGGGGCUGUCUCCAUGUGAAGUUACUAGGCUGACGUUGGCUUAUGAGUAUUGCAAACAAGGUGAUGCUGCUUCUGCUAUGAUUAUCUUGGAGAGGCUAGAGAAAAAACUCUGGAUUCGGACAGUUAAUACAUUGAUCAGGAAGCUUUGUAGUGAGAAGAAAGUAGGCGUUGCUGCAUUGUUCUUUCAUAAAUUACUGGACAAGGACCCUAAUGUAGAUCGAAUAACUUUGGCUGCAUUUACCACUGCGUGUUAUGACAGCAACAAGUAUGCUCUUGUUUCUGACUUGUCUGAAAAAAUGAUCUCUAAAGGAAUUGGUUAGCAGCUCAAGUUUAUCAAAAACAGGUAAAUUCCAUUGUUUCAGAAGCUAACUGGCUGUUGCUUGAAGGUUUUAGAGGAGUUCUCUUCCUCGUCAGUCAUUCUAUUCAGUACCUGAAAGACACCCUUAUCUCCAGAACAAUGAACGAAUUGCUAUAAUAUUUGUUUGAAGUAGGAAUUGCGAAGGAAAAUUUUCUCAAUUGUUUGUUUUAUGCGCCAAAGGAUAGCAACUGGAAUUUGAAAGAAAAGGAAGGGUUGGUGGGGAGGGGGGGUGGGUGGGGGUGUGGGGUAGGGGUGUGUUUGGGGUUUGUGGAGUGGUGAGUGGUGGGUGAAGAGAAAGAAAAGAGAUAUUUAAGAAGUUAUUUGUCACUGUUCAUAGUUUUAGAGGUUUUGAUUGUCCAGUAUUAGGUGAAUACGUGGUUAAUAGGCUCUAUCAAGCAUAGGCAACAUUGCAGGCUGUUCUAGCACUUAUGCUAAUUUUGUACCAAAUUAGUAGUUAUGUGCCGUUAGUUUGGUGUUCGAUCUUCUUUUAUGGGCAUCACCCAUUUACAGUUUGGUGUUGGUGCAUUUCUAAACAAAGCGAACCCACUGGAGUAAUCUGAGCGCUUUCAACCUCUGGUUCAGUUCAACUGUACGAAGAAAGUUCCUUUUUUUUUUUUGUAAGAAGGAAGUUCCUUAAAUGAUAAAACUCUUACAAAUUGUGUGCCA